AUGAACAUCAGCUCGCCAUGCGGCUGCAGCUUCGACACUAGGUGCUAUGACAAGAAGGGCAAGUACUACUACCUCGAGCGCAGCCCAAGCACUGGUGGAGAGCACCAGGACUGCUGCAGCAAGUGUGGUGCAUUUUGCUCUCCCAAUAGUGGCAGCUGUUACGCUGGGAAAAGCCAGAGUUACUAUUUGGAUUGUCGGUCGUACUACUUUGUCGGGAACAAAAGGUGCAAUCUUUUCCGUGGCAAUGGCAUGAUCGACUACACCCCCAAGGUGACUUCAGCGACAGAUUGCCGUGUUGCUUGA